CUCCUUUCUUUCAGCUGUACAGAGUUGUGCUGUCAAACCACCACUCUGAAACAAACGUAAAUAUUGAUGCUAUCCUAUCUGUUUCUAUAGUGGAUGGACACGUUUUCAGUGAACUGUUUUUUAAGUACAAAACAAAAUGGAUUUUAAUGUUAAAAGACUAGCAGCGGAUGCCGGUACUUUCCUCAGUCGGGCAGUCCAGUUCACAGAGGAGAAACUUGGACAGGCUGAAAAGACAGAGCUGGAUGCACACUUGGAGAACCUUCUCACUAGGGCAGAAUGCACCAAGCAUUGGACAGAGAAGAUCAUGAAGCAAACAGAGGUUUUACUACAGCCAAACCCAAAUGUGAGGAUAGAAGAAUUCUUGUACGAGAAACUGGAAAAAAAAGUGCCUUCGCGAGUGAACAACCACGAGCUGCUGGGGCAAUCCAUGAUUGACUCUGGAAAUGAAUUUGGACCUGGAACUGCCUACGGAAAUGCACUGAUUAAAUGCGGAGAGACCCAGAAACAGAUAGGAGCAGCAGAGAAGGAGUUCAUCCAGAGCUCAGCCAUCAAUUUCCUCACACCUUUCAGGAACUUUCUGGAAGGAGACUUCAAGACCAUACUGAAAGAACGAAAGCUGCUGCAGAACAAACGAUUGGACCUGGAUGCCGCAAAGACACGACUUAAGAAGGCCAGAGCAGCCGAUGCCAGAGCCGUGCCGCUUAGCACCACUUCUCCACCAGGAGACGUGGGUUACACGGCUAACUUUGCUUUCAUGGUGAACUUCCUUCAUGUCAAAUGGCUGAAGAUGUGGGCAGAGGAAGUGACAAAGGCGGAGCAGGACCUGAAGAUGACGCAGAGCGAGUUUGACAGACAGGCUGAGAUCACCAGGCUGCUUUUGGAGGGAAUCAGCAGCACACACGCACACCACCUGCGCUGUUUGAAUGACUUUGUCGAGGCCCAGACCACAUAUUAUGCUCAGUGUUACCAAUAUAUGGUGGACCUCCAAAAACAGCUGGGCAGUUUCCCUUCUACAUUCUCCUCCAAUAACAACCAGUCAUUGGCAAGCGGAGGGGCAAGUAUCUCUGUUCCAACCAUCCCUGUCUCAGCCUCACUGCCCGCAGCUCCGGGCAGGGCGUCCUCAGGCUUCAGCGAACUGCGCAGCUCCAGCGGAAGCCGGAAGGCCAGGGUGCUGUACGAUUACGACGCCGCGGGCAGCAGCGAGCUCUCCCUGCUGGCCGACGAGGUCAUCAUGGUGAGCAGUGUUCCAGGCAUGGACUCUGAUUGGUUAAUGGGAGAACGUGGGAACCAGAAGGGGAAAGUGCCAAUCACUUACCUGGAGCUGCUGAACUGAAUGGAUCUAAGGAAUAUCAACAACAACAACAACAAAAAACACACAAAAAAACACAAAAAAAACCCGUUAAAUCAGCUGUGACUUUCAUAUUUAUAACGUAACAUAUAUGCAACAAUGUAUGAGCCGCUUUCAUGCUACAGUAUCACAUGGGCACCCACAAUGCAACACGUCCCAGAUUCCUCAGCCGAGACGUCAGCGCCUCUACUGUUUACAGAAUAAGUAGUGCAAAAAGUUAUUGAUUUUUUCUUUUUUUUUUAAGUGCUUUGGAAUUGUUCCCAUAACUGUCAACAGUCCCUGGUGUAUUUGGGGCAAUGGUGUUCUUAUUUAAGUUUUUUAAAAAAAGUAUUUACAUACAAAUAGAGGAUGCACUUGAAUGUCAACUGAAUUGUUGGGACUGAGUCAUAUUCUAUGCAGGUGUAUGAAAACCACCAUCUCUCCUUGGCCAAGAGGACCUCAAAGGCUCUUGUACUGUCAUGUGUUCUUGGUUAGACCCUUAGAGAGGAGCUGAUAACUGUGGUUUCUGGAGUCUUAAAGAUGACAGUAUAAGGUCUAGGGGCAUUCCAUUUGAAUUCCAUUAGAUUAGAGAUGAAGAGUGAGAACUGUGGAGAGAAAUGAAUUAUAUUACAGGGCUGACUGACUCCAGGAUAAUAACCAUGUGCUUUAGAGAUUGUCUGAUCUGCUUUGGCUUAAAGUUCCUCCCUUUUUUGUACUGUCUAACGCUGAAGCCUUCAGAUAAAAUGCCUUAACUGUACUCAAGCUUCCCUUCAGGUAUUUUGCAAAUCAAAAGAUACAUUUCAAAUGUUAUCCUCUCAGUUUGAUGAAUGGAUACCAGCCACAUACCAUCUCUGCUCAACUUCUACCUUAUCUAAAGAAAGCACAUUGAAAACACAUUCUUGACUUGAAUUGAAAAGUCUUUCUUUUCUUCUACCAUAGAUCUUGAGCAGUUAAAGUUAUACAUAUGGUACAACUUUAUGGUUUGACACAAGAUUUCCUGGCAAAGGUGCCUUAAAAUUUCAACAUGACUUUGACAUAGUUUUAUUGGUUAUAGUGCCUUAAAGUUAUUUAAGACGUGGUCUGAUUAUCAAUGCUAACAUGUAUCCCUUUCCCACAUAUUUUCAUUUAUAUUCAGUACAGUUGUGGAGUUUUAUAAUGGCUUACAACACAAGUUUUAUCUGCUUAACAACUGUGUUCAUU